AUGGGUCCAAUGGUUUCUCAAGUUAUUGGUGCCUUAUACUCAAUUGUUGAUACAAUUUGGGUGGCAAAAGCAUGCGGAGAUCGUGGUAUGGCUGCUGUUUCUACUUAUAAUUGUUUUGAUAACAUUGGCCGUUCAUUUGGAUUCUUCAUGUGCACAGCAGCAUCAACGAAAACAGCACAGCUAUUUGGUCAAAGAAAGGAGUCCGAUACUAAGCAAGUUUUUAGCGAUCUAAUUCGCUGUUCCAUUAUAUGUUCUUUAAUUGUACCAGUAAUCCUGAUUCCAACAGUCAAGCAUGCUGCAAGAUGGUUUGGUGCUGAUGAAAGUCUAGUUGAAUUUGGCUUUGAAUACAUCUCUCUCCUUUCAUACGGUUCAAUUAGCACAUGCUUAUUCUUAUGCUGUGGUGGGUUCCUUCAAGGUGAAGGCAGAACACAUGUAUUCGCCAUAAUGGAACUUAUAUCUUUUGUUUUGAACGGCUUAAUAUUUGAUCCAGUUCUUUUACUUGUAGGCAAACUUGGAGUCCGUGGAGCCGCUCUUGCUACAGUAUUAUCAGAAUUAUUCCCUGCUUUAAUCCUUAUUGGGCUGUAUUACAAAGGUAUAUUUGCUGUUAAGCCACAGCUAGGUGAUUUAUUUAAGAAAUUCUCUCCCCACACAUUCCCAGCACUCAAAGUUGGCUUUUCUCAACUUAUAACAAACUUAUCAUAUUUCGUCCCUACAAUCAUAGUUCGUAAGCUUCUUGGAUUAUCUCUUCCUAAAGAUUAA